UGGCGCAGGAUGCUGCCGGUGAUGCGCGCCGCGUUCCGCCGGACGGCACAGAGAUGGACGAGCGGGCUCCUCGCGUCUCUCCUCGCUGCGGUGAACAGGGUGCGGCCGGCGGGAUGAAGAGUGACGUCGAGGCGUCCUCUCCGUCCAGGUGCGACGCACCGGCCAUAGAGUGCAGGGACGUCUGUAGGUCCUACGGGAAGCUGAAGGUCCUGAACAACCUCACCCUGACGGUCCCACAGGGACACAUCUACGGUCUGCUGGGACCCAGCGGCUGUGGGAAGACCACCCUGCUGAAGUGCAUCGUGGGAACGCUGAAGAUCUCACGGGGCCGCAUCGCCGUUCUGGGGAGACCCCCUGCCUUCCCUGGCCACGGUGUCCCGGGCAGAAUGGUGGGCUACAUGCCCCAGGACCUGGCGCUCUACAGCGAGUUCACCAUCGGCGACACCUUCUCCUUCUACGGCCGCAUCCACGGGCUCUCCAGCAAGGACACCGGCGCCAGGAUGGACUUCCUCAUCGAUUUCCUGGACCUGCCGCAGAAGUGCAGCCUGGUGCGGAACCUCAGCGGAGGACAGAGGCGGAGAGUGUCGCUGGGCGCCGCCCUGCUGCAAAACCCCCGGCUGCUCAUUCUGGACGAGCCCACGGUGGGGGUGGACCCCGUGCUGAGAGCCAAAAUCUGGCAGCACCUGGUGGAAAUCGUGAAGGACGGCCGGGUGUCCGUCGUCAUCACCACGCACUACAUCGAGGAGGCCAGGCAAGCUCACGUGGUGGGGCUUAUGCGCAACGGGCGCCUGCUGGCGGAGGCCCCUCCGGACGCCGUGAUGAAGCAGCACAAUGCGCCGACACUGGAGACAGCGUUCCUGCAGCUCUGCGAGUCCUGGGACCAGACGGGCUCCCAGCGCUGCCCCAGCCCCCAGGGACGGCACACAAACAGCAGCCAAUCGUCGGACAGCAGCCGAGACGAGAGUCAGCCCAUCCUGGACUCGGGAGCAGCAUCAGCACCACAGGGGUCCAAACUGACGGUGGACUGGAAGGUGCGCGUCAGGCAUGUGAUCCCAAAGUGGCGGAACAUCGCAGCCCUGAUGAUCAAGACGAUGGUGCGGAUGAAGCGGAUGCCGGGAUUCCUGUGUUUCCAGUUCCUUCUGCCGGUGAUCCAGAUCUCCCUCAUGUGCCUCUGCAUCGGCGGAGACCCCCGCGGCAUCACGGUCGCCGUGGUGAACAACGAGACCGGGGGGCAGCUACUCAGCCGCUCGCUGCUCUCAUUCCUGGACAACUCCAGUGUGGAACAGGUGCAGCUCUCCCACUCGGAAGCCUUCGCUGGGAUCCAUGACGGGCGCUACUGGGGCAUCGUCGGCUUUGGCAAGAACUUCUCCAGCUACCUGAUGAAGAGGGUCAUGCAGAGGCAAGUGUCGCAGGAGGUCGUGGACGGCGGCUCCGUUCAUGUGUGGCUGGACCUGACCAACCGACAGAUCGCCAUCAUGCUGCAGAAAAAGCUUCAAGAAGCAUUUGAGGCCUUCGUCCAGCACGAACUUGGCACCAUGUCCUACCUGGUUUCCCUGCCCGUGAAGUUUGAGGAGCCUGUUUAUGGCAGCAGGAACAUGGAUUUCACCACGUUUGUGACACCAGGCGCCAUCCUGAGCAUCACCUUCUACCUGGCGGUGGGCCUGACCGCCCUCUCCUUCGUACUCGAGAGGAAGGAGGGCCUUCUGGACAGGUGCUGGGUAGCAGGUGUGAGCUCCCUGGAGACCAUGCUGGCCCACCUCUUCUCCCAGCUGUUUGUUAUCAGCGUCCAGAUUGCCCUCAUGCUGCUCCUCAUCUUCCUCGUCUUUAAGGUUCCGAAUGAGGGCUCCCUGCUGCUGGUCAUCACACUCAUCGUCCUGCAGGGCGUGAUGGGCAUCUCCUUCGGCCUGGUCAUCUCGGCGGCCAUUGACGACGAGCAGUCGGCCAAUCAGGCUGCUCUGGGCAUCUUCUACCCCAACCUCAUCAUCAGUGGCAUCAUCUGGCCGGUGGAGUGCAUCCCGUACCCCCUGCGCUACCUGAGCCUGGUCCUGCCCCAGACCUACGCGUCCGAGGCCCUGCGCUGCAUCAUGUACCGAGGGUGGGGUCUGUCACGGAUGAUGGUUUGGCGCGGCUUCGCCGUCACCCUGGGCUGGAACACGUUCUUUCUCAUCCUGGCCACGGUCAUCCUCAAGCUGCGGACAUGAGGAGCCGGGAGGUGCGCUGCACACUCGUCCUGCUCUUGGUGCUGGAGAGCCGAGGUCCUGCUGGCUGCUCUUAACAGGAAGGGGGGGUUGAUGGCCUCCCCGUGAGGAGGUGCCACCCCGACCCCCCCGGACAGUUGCUCCAGUGCGUUACCUCAGGAUUCCCACGGUGUGUUUCCCUAAAUCAUGGCUUUCACAGCAGCCACUUGGGUGCUAUUUGGGCUCAUUUACCGUGGUAAAACAUGCACGACACCUAUAUAAUUAAACAUGAAAAAUAUGUGUGUUUUUGCAGUAAAUUUGUACAUUAUGUUCGCAGUGGAGUAAAUUCAGAUGUGCAUAUUGUGAUAGUUUUACUGAGGCUCUCUGCUUUAAAUCUGCCCCCCCCCAAUGGCUGCUCUUUCUGCUCUUUACAUGAGUGUGUUCACCCCUGUGGUGCCUGCGUGUGUCCUUCCGCACCGCUUACCGUGUUACUGGGUGCUGUAAAGUACCGACGUUUGUUUGUGCUUCACAUGGUCUCUGGUUAAUGGGAAUUGAGUGUGUGGGUGUGUGUUUGUGUGAGACCAAAUGCCCGAGAGAUUUGCAGCGGAGACUAUGUAGCCCGGAGUGACCCUUUGUGAUUACCGAUGACUCAGGCCCAGAGAGCGAGUGGUGUGCGAGACUCUGUGUGUGGGGAUCUUUCUACCACUCCUCUCAACCACGGACUCGAAGGGUCUCAUCACUGUGCGCGUUUGAGAGACACGGUUGUGUUGACACCCCCCCUCCCCCCAUCUGGCUCUGGGCUCCACCAGCAGUCCUCAUUUCGGA